AUGGUGUCAUUUGUGAACGGAGAGCGCGGCUCCGAGGCCGUUUACAAACGGAGACGGACGGCCGGCGCGUCCCCUCCAACAGAAGCGCACGCAACUGACCGGCAACCUCAGACCGGCCGGCACAGAAAGCAGACGCUCGUGUCCAAGUUGAGCGACUCCGGUUUUGAGGAAGACCUGGGACUCUCUCCGGUUUGCUCCCUGGCUCGGGUAGAUGCGUCCCCGCUGCGUUCGCACCAGCCUCCCGCGGGACAGCUGUCCAGCUGGUACCUCCAGUACGGCGACGUCGGGUUCCAGAUCCAGAGAGACAAAGAGGCGCAGUUUCAUUCCUGCAAAAGCUUGGCACGCCAGCCACAACUGACUGCGGAGGCCCGGUGUAAGCUCGUCAGCUGGCUCAUCCCCGUCCACAAGCACUUCCAUCUGUCCUUCGAGUGCUGCUGCCUGGCGGUGAACAUCAUGGACCGGUUCAUGGCGUCCACGCCGGUGGCCGCGGACUGCUUCCAGCUGCUGGGCGUCACUGCGCUCCUUCUGGCCAGCAAACAGGUGGAGGUGAGCUCGCCGCGGAUCGGCCACCUCUUGGCGCUGUGCUGCGACUCGUUCACCAAGGAGCAGCUCUGCAACCUGGAGUGUCUCGUCCUCCUCCGCUUGAACUUCCACCUCGCCGCGCCCACGCUGGCCUUUUUCCUGGACUUUUACGCCAACUGCGUCUACGCGGAACAGCUCGAAGCCGAGUGCGCAGGCGGCGGCGGCGGCGGCGGCGGCGGCGGUUUUGCGCGCACGAACGCGGACGCGAAAAGAUCCGGGCGGCGCGGUAACCUCGCGCGCAAGGUGUGCGAGUUGAGUCUGGCGGACUACGCCUUCAACAGAUACCCGCCGUCCCUGACCGCUCGCUGCGCGCUGAGGAUAGCCGGCGAGUCACUGGAAGGUGAGCCGGAGGACCAGUGGGGCGGUUUUGUGGGCGAACCGUGCACCCAACCAUCCUGGAGCCCCGAGAUCUGUGACGUGGAAGCGAAGGGCCACAUCCUGUCCCUGUUGAGUCAGGGGAGCCGCGACCACACACUGGCCCAGGAGUGCAGGGACAACCUGAGGCUGCUGGUGUCGUUAAACCAGGAGUCACUGGAAGUGAUGUCUGCCGUGUGA